CCCUGAUUAUUAUCAUCGAGUUGUGUUGUGUGUAUGUGAGAGAGAGAGAGAGAGAAAAGAGCGUCUAUUCUCAGUGAGCGAGCGAGAUCUGCGAAAACAAAAAUAAAAGAAAGAGAGUUAGCACCCAAAACUUCCAACACACACACACUCACUCCCUCUCUCUGAGUUUGAGGCAACACAGUAUAAAAUCCAUUUCCAUUCACCAAAAUCUCAACCUCUCUCACUUUCCAUGAGGAUCCGCAAGAACGCCAAGCUUAAUCUCCUCUUCUCCUCCUCCACCACCACCACCUCCACCACCUCUCAUGGUGGUGUCUCCGUUCCGGUGACCAUCGCUACCCACGUGUGCCAGCUCAACCAGUCUCCAUGGGAUGUGAUCCCCUUUGACUACGACCCAAUCCAGUUCGACGGCGACGACAGCGGUGGCAACAAUGGAAGCAGCGCUUGCGAUUCAUUCGGCGCCGACGAGAGCGCGGCGUCAAUGACGGAAGAAAAGUUGAAGAUACAACACAUGGUGCUGGACGAUAAUCGCAACAAGAAAGCGGUUACGGUUAACAGUAACCGUAACGGCGUCAAAGUUGCGAGGAACGCGUGCUACUGCCAGGGGAUUGAUGACAAGGGUUUGCCAUGUAAGAAUAGAGUUAAAAAUGGGCAUAUUCCGUCACUCUGUGGCUACCAUUUGUCUCUGCUUAGGUCAUACAACAAUGCUGUCAAGAAAGCCCCGCACUCCUCGUCGCGCCGCGUGAAAUCCCGCAGUGGCACGGCGAAGAAGGCGGCUGCUUCUCCGUCUUCGAACCCGUAUGAGUUUUAUUACUACUCCGGGUUCGGGCCGCUGUGGGGGAAGCGGAGAGGCGGUGAUAGGAAUGGAGAAGCGAGCAAGAGUAGUGGUGGAGGUGGGGAGGGUUCGAAUUCAACAACGGUGGAAAUUGAAAUGGAAGAGGUUAUUGAGGGUAGUGAUGAUGUUGUUGUUGUUACAGCUGAUGAUAUUGAUAAUAGUAAUAGUAAUGAGAAUAAUGAUAAUGUUGUUGUUGUUUCUGGAAAAGACUAUGGGGUGUUUGAUUUUGUGGAUGAUGUUGAUGAUGAUGAUGAAGAAGAUGAUGAUAAUGGUGGGAACAAGAGAAUGAGGAAACCAGUGAAAGAAAGAUCGUUGAAAUCGCUAAUGUGAAGAACAUGAUGUUUGUAAUAGAUAGUGGGUUUAGUAGGGGUUUGAUAUAGUAAGAAAGAUCGAGGGUUGGUGUUCUUCAAUGUAGUAGUAUUAUUGUAUUGUUUUGUGAUUAUAAUCGUAAUUUGAUGUUGUUGUUGGUUUUUA